CAGGAGGUGACGUCAGAGGCCAGGUUCUGUUUUGUUGAUUUGAAAAACAUGGGUGCUCUGCUCCCCAACUUCCACUCAACGUUCUUCUAGGAGCAUUUAUUCAGUGUAACAUUCCAGUUAAUUUGCUCAUUAAUAAUCGAUAACCGUGAAUGCCGGUGUAAACGGAUCCGAUUUAAUGUUUUUUUAAAUUUGUUUUUAGGGAUCAUAUUUCUUUAAAAUCCAAGGGAGAGAGACUCAUCCUUCUUUGUUUGGUGUGGAGUGUUUUUUUUUUGUUUGUUUUUUUUUUUUUUGCAACACAAAGUGGAUAUGUAUGGAUUCAAUUGAAUGUUUCUGAUAAAAAGAAUGUACAACAGCCACAUAAUGAUGGCUACUAACAUGUCUGAGGCAUCCAAUCCUCAUGGAUGCGAUAACGGAGCACUGAUGGACAGAUUCGGUGUGUUGAUCCAAGGUCUACUCGCUGUGGUUGCUUUCAGCACUUUGAUGUUGAAAAGGUUCCGUGAGCCUGCAGCCAUUAGAAGACCGUGGAGGAUCUGGUUUUAUGACACGUCGAAGCAGGCGAUUGGUGCCCUCUUCAUUCACUUUGCCAAUGUCUUUCUCUCCACCCUCACCAAGGAGGACCCCUGUUCUCUUUACCUCAUGAAUUUUCUGCUGGAUGCCACAAUGGGGAUGCUCAUCAUUUGGGUAGGCGUCAAGGUGGUGUCCUGCGUGGUGGAGUACAAACAGUUAACUCUACUGACCUUUGGCGAAUAUGGGGAUCCUCCUCAGGCCGCGGCGUGGCUCAGCCAGUGUGCGGUUUAUCUGCUCAUCAUGGUGCUGGAGAAGUGUGUGAUCAGUGUGGUGCUGCUUAUCCCUGGCUGGACCAACUUACAGGAGGUUCUGCUGGACCACAUCCCAAACCCUCAGCUGGAGCUGGUCCUGGUCAUGCUUAUUGUACCCUUCUUUGUCAAUGCUAUCAUGUUCUGGGUGGUGGACAGCCUGACGAUGAGGAAGUACAAGAGCCUAAAGACCACUGAGACACCGCGGGACCAAGGAAAACAGACUGAGUCAUCGCCCUGGGUGACCAAUGAGGAAUCGCAGGUGCUGCUGAUGGACGAUCCGGAGGCGGGCACAGAGCCCGACCCUUCAGAAGGGGAGCAGGAUGCUGCAGACCAGAGCUUGAACCCAGGCCUAUCCGGGGGUAUGCAGGCACCUGCCUGGGUGGUUGUGUAGGCCACGCCUCCUAACUCCAAACUCCAGAGUCCCGCCUUGACUCACAGAGGAGUCCCUCUUCUUCAUGGGUAAACAUAAACACUCCACCACAAACAACCAGAGUGAAACACCUGUGGGCAGUGUGGCUCAGAGGCAACCUGGACUCUGCACUGCAGGGCUUUUGGAGGUCAAAGGUCAUUCGGUGUAUCACAAUUAUGCCUUUACAAGGCUUAUGUAACUCCACUAAGCUCAUAGUGAAUGGUGCUUCUUUUGAAACCGUGAAUUUAGGAAACGUGUUUGAUCGGACUGAACAAGUAUUUAAAUGACUUUUAAAGACACUGUUUUCUUGGUGUAUACUCUGUGCUUCCAACCAAAUAUUUUCUCUGUUGAAUGAAUACUUAUUAAAUUGGUACCUUUAUUUUGUCAUGCUUUUAACGGUAUAUAUAUAUUUGAGAUGAUAAGUUAAGGACUGUGGAGAAACGCCAUUGAUGACAUUUUGUUAAACUCUUGGUGCUCUGUGUUUGUGCUUGUGUGUGUUUGUGUGUAUUUGAGGGGGGUGACAAUGGGCUGUUAGAUUUUAUUAAAUGACACGAGCUGGGGGAUUUGGUGUUUAGUAUCAUCGGCUGAUGUGUUUGUGACAGGGCCAAAUUCAUUCUAAAAUGAAAAGGUAGCUGAAAUACAGCGUUUCCUCUUUGUUCAAAAAACGAGCUCCAGAGAGAUACUUGCUCAGAUCACACUUACACAAAUGUAUAAAACCUGGUUUUAGGAAGAGCAUAACGAUCCAGAAUUGGUCCAGAUGCAUUUGAAGUCAGGAAUGCCACAUUAAUUAAAGCGGGCAGAUGUGUCAAUGCGUCCUUUCAUUUCACAGCAAACUCAAGAUGAAAAAGAGCCUUGCGUUUCAACUUAAAGCCUCCAGUGAGCAAUUCGUUUUAGACUUCAGACGCAGAGACAAAUUAAGUUUAAGUGAAGCAUAGUAAAGAUUCUUUAUGAUCACACAAGCAGGUGUUUCCCCCAC